ACGACGGUGACGUCAAAGGUAUGCGACCACAAUACGGUGCCGGGGUGGCUACGAUGUAGUUGAACAACUUACAUCUAUAGUGUUGCAGUGAUAUGAAACACUCAAGUGAAGGCCCAGAUACUAUUAGCCCGUAGCUCAUAGAACAAUUCAAAACAGGAAGGGAUGCAGUGGCUGUAGAACCUGCUUUGUACUGUGAGGCACCGAGCGUCCUGUCGUGAGCAGAACACAGGAUGCCGUACCACUGCGUGGCCUAUGGAUGUGGGAAAACUGCUGAAGAUGGUGUGACACUGUUUAAAUUCCCCAAGGACCCUGAGGAGUUUCGCAAAUGGGAGAAGCAGGUCCAGCGAACGCGCACCCAGUGGGUCGCCACGUCCAAUUCUCACCUCUGCAGCGAGCAUUUUGGCAAGGAGUACUUCGAGCCCAGACCGUCCACAGGGGGUCUGAAGUUGAGGCCGGGAGCUGCACCUACUGUCUUCGUCCGCCCGCACUGUUUCUCCUGCAGUGGAGUGGGUUGUAGUAAGUGCCUGCCUGCUAUCCAACGGCGGGGCAUUACAGCUGAACCAAGAGAGCGCGCAGUAAGUGCAGAAUACAAUGAAACGGUGCACGUUCAGUUUAAAGAUACUGAUAGAGGAGGUGACAGAGAACAUCCUACGGGGGGAGCGGUGAAGCCGGGGGACAAAAACAAAGAGGAACGACCAGUGGUGUGUGAGAUGUGCGGCACCAAAGGCACUACCAGCACCUUCUUUUCAAAGACCAAGCGUUUCUGCAGUAUAUCAUGUUCACGUUCCUAUUCUUCCAACUCCAAGAAGUCCUCCAUACUGGCACGUCUGCAGGGAAAGCCCCCGUCAAAAAAAGCCACCGUGUUGAACAAGGUGAACAAAGCUCCUCCAGCCCCCACAGGAUUGGAUGCAGCUUCUGCAGGCUUUGAGUGGGGAGCCUACCUGGAGAAGGAAACAUCUCUGGCUGCAUCAGUGUCCUGCUUCAGACACGUUCCCCUGUGUGCCCAGUGGGAUGAUAUCAUCGUAGGGAUGAAGGUGGAGGUCCUGAACACAAAUGCAGUGCUGCCCAGUAAAGUCUACUGGAUUGCUACAGUCAUCCAGGUUGCAGGAUACAAAGCCCUUUUGAGAUACGAAGGCUUUGAGCACGACAGCAGCCACGAUUUUUGGUGCAGCCUCGUUUCGGGAGAGCUGAACCCGAUUGGUUGGUGCGCCAUGACGAGCAAGCUGCUGGUACCACCACAAGAUGUGAAGCAGAACAUCCCGGAUUGGAAAGAGUAUCUGAUGAAGAAGCUGGUGGGGGCCAACACACUACCUGUUGACUUCUACCUGAAGAUGGCAGAGAGCAUGAGGACCUCUUUCAGAAUAGGAAUGCGUGUGGAGGUGGUGGACCCUAAACACGUGAGUCGGACCCGCGUGGCCAUCAUAGACUCAAUGAUUGGUGGGCGCCUGCGGCUGGUGUACGAAGACCAAAGCGACGCCCCCGAAAACUCUACCUCCGACUUCUGGUGCCACAGGUGGAGUCCCCUCCUGCACCCGAUAGGCUGGUCCAGCAAAGUCGGCCAUGCCAUGAAAUCACCUGUAAAAAGUGUGGAAGCUGCUGGCAGUGCGUUGAAGGGUAACACUGACAGUACGUUCCUGCUCUUUAAAAAGCCCAGGUUUGUCUACAUGGCGGGAGGUUUCUUUGAGGAAGGAAUGAAGCUGGAAGCCAUUGAUCCUCUUAACCUUGGAAAUAUUUGUGUGGCUACUGUACACAAGGUGCUGUUAGAUGGCUACCUGAUGGUGGGAAUCGAUGGAACCACAUCAAACAACGGCUCUGACUGGUUUUGUUACCACGCCUCAUCUCAUGCCAUCCUUCCUGUACACUUCUGUAAAACGAACAACAUCCCUCUCACGGUUCCUCAAGGUUAUGACUCUCAGACCUUUACUUGGGACAAGUACUUGAAGGAGACUGCAUCGAAAGCUGCACCGGCUCGACUGUUUAACACUGACUACCAGGGUCACAGCUUCUCUCCCAACAUGAAGCUGGAGGCGGUGGACUUGAUGGAGCCGCGCCUGGUAUGUGUGGCCACCGUGAAGCGCUACGUGGGCCGCCUGCUGCUCAUCCACUUUGACGGCUGGGACGAUGAGUUCGACCAGUGGAUCGACUACCAGUCCCCAGAUAUCUACCCCGUCGGCUGGUGCGACGUCGUGGGCUACCAGCUCCAGCCGCCUCCUGGACACGGUAAACACCUCAUCAAAUAG